CCCACCUUGCCUGCGCCUGCCCCAAGCCAGCGGUUCUCCACUCCCCCGCAUCCAGUGAGACGCACAGCGUACCGACGCCGACCGAGCGGACACGGGCAGAGCGAUGGUGGCCAGGCUCGGACUGGGGUUGCUGCUUCUGGCGCUGCUCCUACCCACGCAGAUUUAUUCAAAUCAAACAGCUCUUGUAACACUUUCAAGUAACUUCUCCCAUAGUACCUCGACUGCCCCAAAUCCAGCUAAUGCCACCACCACACCAACUGGCGGUGCUCUGCAGUCAACAGCCAGUCUCUUCGUGAUCUCGUUCUCCCUUCUACAUCUCUACUGUUAAAAGACUCGGGCCAAGAAACAUCUAUACUUCCCCAUCUUCUAAACCCAAUCCCAGUGGCGUCUAGACAUCCAGUGUGACAAGGAAAAAAACAGGUCUUCAUUGAAUCUGCUAAUUCCACACCUUAUUUUAUUGACAGAAAAUGUUGAGGAUCCCAAAUUUGAUUGGUUUGAAGAACAUGUGAAGGGUUUGGCUAGAUGAUGAAUGUCUAUUAAAUCUACUGGAGUUUCCUGUACAAGAUGAAGCGACAACAUCCAAGAUUAGUCAAGAGAUCAUUUCUUUAAAUGUGGCUUAAAAGUAUGGACAUGUAAAAUUUCACCUUGAAAAUGAGAAUAGAUUUUAUCUUACCUUGAUAUAAAAGAUGGGAUGUGAACAGAUUCAGUUUUCAUUUGGUUCAUUAAAUCUUUAAGGCCGUAAAACAGUUAAUACAAAAAGUUUCCAUGAUUCUAUUUAUAUGUACAUUAGAAGGAACUUCCAGGUGUUACUGUAAAUCCUCAAUGCAUUGUUUCAGCAGUACUAACUUAAUGCCUGUAUACUCUAGAUGAAAGUUUUAUCUUGUUAAGCUAUCACUGUUUCUUGGGAACUGAACUCUUUCCUCUGAGGCUCUGGAUUUGACAUUGCAUUUGAUUUUUUUAUAUAGUAAUUGACAUAUGCCAGGGCAAUGAUGGAUUGGAAUCUACCCCCGAUUGAAGCAUAAUGAGUAAAUUUUGCUUAUAUACCGAUCACUUAUUCCUAUUCAACAAGCGUGCCAGAUUCAUUUAGCUAAACUGAUUCCAAAGAGUAGAAGAACAUUGACUUCAACUAAUUUCAAAAUGCUUUUUAUUUCUGCAUAUGUUGAAUACUUUUUAUAAUUUAAAAAAAUCUGUUUUGAAGGUAAAAUUGACAAAUCUUGAAAUUAAAAA